AAGGGUCUGAAUAGGCAACCUAUGCUUCCAUAAUAAAAGCCUGUCAACUAUAGCGGAGUCGUCUGCUAAUCCCUUGCGUGUAGUUGGUGGAAAUCCCCACGUGGUUCCGACUCUUCUAUAUUAAAAAAAAAAAAAAAACUUUGGAAUUGCCGAGCGAGCCCUUGCGGUCGUGAUUGGAGAGUGGGAAAGGGGUCUGAGUCAGGAGCAUCUUGCGGGACAAAAACCGGGCCGGUCCUCGCUGGGAGCCGCCAAAGCUUACUUCCCUUUCGGACUGCCACUGACGGGGAUGACUUCGUGAAUGUCUUGAAUGGAGACGAGCGGAGCGUGUAGGCUGACUUCCUCCGAGCUGCGCGCUUGAUGAGGGGAGUUAAGAACGCGCAAGUUCGCUUCGCAAGCAUUCCACUGACUUCUGGACUCGAGGGUUGCGCGCGCGCUCUCGGAAGUUGCGUUUUCUUGCGUUCUGCGGCUAUUUAGUGCCAUUGUUUUUCUCCGCCGUGAAUGUUUACACGUGUAAAAAUGAGCGCGGCCGCCGCGAUGUUGUUGACGGUGUGCGCUCUGUCGGUGCGCUGCGAGACCCGGAGCUCGGCCGCCGCGGAGUCGUGCGCGUCGUGCGGCUUCAGGGCGCCGGAGCAGUCGGAGCGCGUGAACGUGGACUUGUUGGAGGCGGUCAAGAGACACAUACUGAACAGGUUGCAGAUGAGGGAGCGACCCAACAUCACGCACCCCAUCCCGAAAGCGGCCAUGGUGACGGCGCUGAGGAGGCUGCACGCCGGCAAAGUGCGAGAGGAUGGGCGGCUGGAGAUCCCCGAUCUGGACGGACACGCGUCCUUCAACAACGACGUUCAGACGGAGACCUCGGAGAUCAUCAGCUUCGCGGAAACCGAUGAGUACACGUCGUCAAAGUCCAGUCUUUACUUCCUGAUCUCAAACGAAGGCAGCCAAAACCUGUACGUGUCACAGGCAAACUUGUGGCUCUUCUUCCGGGUGUUGCCAGCCGGUCCCGAGAAAGGCCUCCGAAGGAAGGUGACAGUCAAGAUCCAUUACCAGGAAGCCGGAGUUGGGAGCAGUGUCGAAGGAGUGCCAGGAGGAGGUGGCGGAGGGGUCACGGGGCGCUGGGCCCUCGUGGAGAAGCGUGUUGAGCUGAAACGCAGUAGCUGGCAUACUUUCCCCCUCUUGGAGGCAGUGCGGGCAGUGUUCGGCAAAGGUAGCCGUCGACAGGACCUGGAGGUCCGCUGCGAAGGGUGCGAGAUGGCCGGAGUGGCUCCAGUGUUGGUGGACCCAGGCGACCCGUCCCACCGGCCCUUCCUGGUGGUCCGCGCGAGACAAGUGGACGGAAAGCACCGCAUUCGCAAGCGGGGGCUGGAGUGCGACGGCACUAGCGGGGGCCUCUGCUGCCGGCAGCAGUUUUACAUCGACUUCCGUCUCAUUGGCUGGAACGACUGGAUCAUCGCGCCCGCGGGCUAUUACGGCAACUACUGUGAGGGCAGUUGCCCAGCUUACAUGGCCGGCGUGCCGGGAUCGGCUUCGUCCUUCCACACGGCGGUCGUAAACCAGUACCGCAUGAGAGGAAUUAGCCCGGGGUCGGUCAACUCCUGCUGCAUCCCCACCAAACUGAGUACUAUGUCCAUGCUCUACAUUGAUGAUGCGUACACUAUUGUCAAGAGAGAUGUGCCCAACAUGAUUGUGGAGGAGUGCGGUUGUGCUUGAGUCCUCUUCGGCCGUGAAUUCUCUUUCAACUCUCAGUAAAGGGUUUUGUACAAACAGGACAUCUUGUACAAUAUACAUAUACAGUACAAGACAAAACUAUUGCUACUGUAUGUGCAGGCAAGACACACUGUAGUAUCAUCUGGUAUGAAAAUGUGCGGCGGUUCGGUUGCACAUGUUCAUAUGAGUGUAUGUAUUUAUCAGACUGAGUGAUAUGCUCGCUGUCUGAGUUGGAGCGAGACAGCAUAGGGAGUUCAAGGGAAUGAAGAUCACCAAAAGGUACUUUGCUCGAUUUUGCCAUUUGUCCUAUUUUCAAUAUGAUGGCCUAGCACCACCGACUGAAAGAAGAUAAGCAUUUAAGGAAAGUGACAUGAUUAGCCAAUGACAUUGUUGGCUUUGUCCCCAGACUCCCCAACCUGUUCCUCAGGCCCCUAAGUACCUAAGUACUUUAAGCACAUGGCAGACUGAUUUUUUUUUUGUUUCUUUCUAAAGCACUGACAAUUCAUCAGCUUACACAAUUCAGAACACGAGCACUUCGCCAGAAUGCCGACGGACGCAGUCUGACUGUCCUGUGGCGGACUUAGACCAGCGGCGCUAAAUGCCUCACGGGAUUCUUCCCUCUGCACCGCAGCGGCAAAAGAAAGUCCUCCGCAGAGCUGCUGUCGUUAUGUUCACUGCUAAUUUGCAGGCCUCGAACCUCAGCUGCCUGCCGACGGAGAGUGCGGGCGGCAGGCCCCCGUAGCCAGGAGAUGACCCGGACGAGACGGAGCUCAGAAGUGCACUUCACUUGCGCACCGGGAGUGAUCGGGACAGAACUCAUUCCUCCUGCCCGUCGAGGGUUUGGAGAAGCCAGCGCUCGGACGCGGAGACCCUAGUUCCGGUGGGCUGCCACAGUGCAGUGCAGCACUUGGAGGAACUGAAACGCACACCCUGAUUAGCACUUGUAUAAAGAAUUGCCUUCCGAGCGGUACAGAGUGUCCUGUCAUAUCACUAAAUAAGUGCCACGUGAGCUAUGCAAUGUAUAGUAAACUAUACCCGUACUACAAUAUGCCCUGUUAGACUGAAUGAUCUUUUCUCCGCAUCUCGUUUGCUUUCUCCCUCUUUCCUCUCCACUUCUCGACUCUUAAUCAAUACUUGAAAUGUUAUCUUUCGCAUCCUUUCGAAAGCGAAUGAUUGUUGUGAUGUUUGCACUGAAAAGUUGCAGGAUUAGUGAAACAAAAACUGCCAUUGAAAAAGUUAUUUUUAUAGGAAGUAAAGAAACUGAAUUUUGUGUCAGAGGUAUUUUACAUAACUAAUGGAACCAAAGAGGCCAUGGUUUUAGCUGUUGUACCAAGGGGGCGUGGUCAUUGAGUGUGUGAUACUGUUUUGAUCAUUUGCAAAAGGCCUACUCGUAUCAGGGUACAAUAAACGAUUCAACACUUUUCAUCUUC